AUGUCGGGCAACCUGGCUGAUUAUUUUGGUGGCACGAAAGAAAGGUCAGAUAAUGCAAGUAGCCGCAGUCGUGAGAUGGUUGACGACGACGACGACAUGGGACCGUCGGUGUCGAUGGCGGUGGAGGCUGAAGACGACGAACAUUUCAAGCGCUCCACUUUUAAUCUUAAGCGGACACGGUCGAUGGGGCUGUUAGAUGGCAAUUCUGGUACGUCUCUGCCCUCGCUGCGAGGGUCAGGCUCCGGGUCAGAUAUGGUCAGUGGGUCAGAAAGUCCCGAGGAGGAUUACAAUGGUUCGCCGUCGAUUCCUUCGGAGUCAACAUCCCCUCCUGUUCCUGAAACCGAUAGCUAUUUAGUUCCUCACGAUGAUAACGAUUUAAUGCACGAACCAAAACGGCAUGUGGACUACUUGUCCCACCAGUGGAAGGAGUCUGAAAUAUCCCAGUCCUGGAAGUACAUUAUUCUCAAGAAGAAGAAGCAAAACGAAGACCUCGUCAACGCCGCCCGACUCGAGAAUGCCUCUUGGCGUACAUGGGCCAAGGCGCGGAACAAUUUGCGCACUGUGAGCCCAGAGGUGGUGAAUUGGUCAAAGGAUUCCGACGUUACGUGGUUGUACGGACCAGUUGUGCGCCAAACGGCCAACGAGCAAGAAGGAGGCUCAGAAGAGGAGUAUGGGUAUGGCUCUGACGAUGAAACUUCCAAGAGACUCACGACUAUUAAGUCUAAAAAAAGUCGUGGCCAGCAGGAACCCAAACCAAUCUUGAAGAAGAGAACGGUCUCGGAGAUCAUCAAGGAAAACUCGCUAUGGAAACUGAAUGUGGCAAGACAACACAGGAAAAAUCUAUCCAGCACGCAGGCCAUGAUGGACGGAUACGGUAACCAUUUAGACGCAGCAAGCGACUACGAUGCUUUGGCUGCGAAGGUAAACGCACAGUAUUUUUCCUCACAGCCUCUACCCCCAUCCCAAGCUCCGCCUGCUGAAGAACAGUACGAAAAUGCUGAUCAGUCCUCGGUGCUCUCUCAGCAACAGGACCUUAAUUCACAGCAUGCCCCUUAUGUUCCCUCUGAGGAGAAUAUAUUUAUGGACUCUACACAACCAUCUGCUAGACAAUCCCCUGCUCCUCUGUUAGAGUCUAUUUUAACUUCUCCUAGUAAGAGAAGCCCUAAAGGUGACUUUGAGCAAAAGGAUAGACACAUCCACUUCAAUGAUCGAGUCGAACAAUGUAUGGCCCUUGCCAUUCGGUCUGACGAUGACGAUGAUGACCAUGAUUAUGAUGACGUGGAAGAUGAUUCUGAGGACGAAUUUGGUCCACAGCGGUCUUCUCACCUUGAAUAUUCCAAAGGACAAACAGGAUUUACCGGUACUAAUUACGACGACAACGACGAACAAUCUCUGGGGUCAGAUUACGACCAAGAACUUAAUACUUCAUCAUCCGAGGAAGACGCGGGUCUUUUCAUAAAUGCUCGUUUUUCCAGAAAACCGGACGGGCUUCAAACUUCUGGAGAUCAGGCAACAGUGGGCGCAGAAAGCAUUAGUUCCAAGAACUCAAUACCCCCCAUUAUAAAGCUUCUGCCCGCGACGACUUUGAACUACGGGUCCGACGAAGAAGAUUUUGGCGAUGAUGACGAUAAUUACGGCAGCAAUGCGGUAUCACACAACGUGAACACUUUCAGAGGUUACGAUUACAUGUACGACUACAAUUCGGUGUACACUGGAGAUACUUCCAGCUUCAUGGCCGUUAACAAUUGCGAUAUGAUUGACGUUCCAGAGGGUUUGCAAACACCAAUCGAAGAUCAUGCUCCUCAGCCUAUGAUUCUGGACCAAGAUGACGAUGAAACGCAACUGCCGAGCGAAUCAAGCUCUAGGGAGGCAUUCACCCUGGAUAGUGAUAGUGACUCCUAUGGGCCCAAUGGGGACUCUCAGUUCAUCGAGGAUACUCAAGUUAAAGGGAGUGAAGACGAGGCUGACAAUCUGGAUGAUCUGCCUGACCUCAAACGCUCUUCAUCCUUAGCUUCCUCGCACGCAACCUCUCUGCAAAACUUGAGAAGUUCAACCCCCGUUAUUCCUCAAACUCAUAGCUUUAUCACCGGAAAACCGCUCCGACCAAUUGAGCAUUCGGGUGAUGGCUCGCAUUUUCAACUAAACACCAAUGACCCCAUAUCCACUAAGCCUCGUAACAAGUUCUCGUUUGUAUCCGAUUCGGAGUCAGAGUCUAACUCGGAUGAGGACAUGACUCACGAAAAUGGUGGAAUAAAAAGCCUAAAUCAGGAGGGGGAUGAAAAUCAACAUUGGAGAGACAUCGCGCCUGAUUCUUCGAAAGCUACUGUCAACCCGGAGAUGCCAGUUUACGGGGAUCCCGCUCUUGGCACUGCCGUUUCACCGAUUUCAAAAUCACAAGGUCAUGGGUUACCUAGUGGUUCUUUGACAAGCAUGGUGGGCUCGUCAGGUGAUUUUCGAACCUCGCUUUCGGAUGUGGCUAUUUCUGGCUACAUAUCACCGCGCAACGACUCCAUGCAGUCAAUGGUGGCCAAGGAGAAAAUGGUAGAUCAUAGCAAAUCUCCAGCAGAUGUAGAAAACAUGAAUAAACAUCUUCAAGAUUGGCACCUAGAUCCUAAUGGAGAAAAGGCGGAUGGUGUUCAAUCCGAAAAUGUUCAAAAGAUGAUGGCUUCUGCUCGUGAGAUCGCGAAUAAAUACCUACAUUCCUGGAAGAAAUAG